UAUAUGUACAACAACUAGAGACCUUAACUCCAAGCUCAAACUUCUUAUAUUUAUGUUUUUUGGAAUAUGGGUAUUCGUUUGCCAUCAAUGAUUCUAAAUGCAAAGCAAAUUCUAAAGAAGCGGUCUGGUGUGAGUAGAAAUCAACCAGAUGUUCCAAAAGGCCGCAUUGCAUUUUAUGUUGGACAGUUGCAAAUGAAGAGAUUUGUAGUUCCAAUAUCUUACUUGAAUCACCCUUUAUUCAUUGGUUUGUUAAAGCAGGCGGAGGAAGAGUUUGGCUUUAAUCAUCCAAUGGGUGGCCUCACAAUUCCAUGCAAAGAAGAUGCUUUCGUUGAUCUCACUUCUCGGUUAUUUUAUGCCUCAUGAAAGGUCGAUGAAGAACAAUGAACAGCUUAAAGUCCUCCGAAAUUUUGACCAGCUAGCGAUAAAUUUCUUCCAUUUUGUUCCUAACUAUAUAUCUAGAUUAGAAGAUCGAGUUGUAGUAUAAUCAUGUGUAAAUUUUCCCACAGUCGAUUGGGCAGAUAUGUUACUAAGAAAAAAUAAACCUCUCUCUCCCUUUGAAAGAUCAGUAGAGAAAUGCUGUUCUUUUUUUUUUCACUAA